AUGUCAUCAACAGCCAGUGUAGCAAAGAACCUGAUAUCAAAAGUCAAACUGAAUGAUGGCGUGGAAAUGCCGUUGUUUGGUCUUGGUGUCUAUCUAAUAAAAGACAAUUGUGAGCAUUUAAUUCAUGCUGCUCUUGAUAAAGGUUAUCGCCUACUUGAUACAGCUGAACUUUACCACAAUGAAGCUGGUGUUGGGGAUGGCCUGAAAAAGAGUGGUUUAGCUCGUGAAGAUGUUUUUAUUGUUUCGAAAUGGUUUCCGUCGAAUGAAGGAGCUGAGGGAGCAAAAAAAGCGUUGUCAACCUGUUUGAAAAACUUAAAAUCAGAUUAUGUUGAUUUAUAUCUCUUGCAUGCUCCUCAGGGUGGUAAAUGUGCAGAAGCAUAUCGUGCAUUGCUCGACUGUAAAAAAAAUAAACAAAUCAGAUCACUGGGCGUUUCGAAUUUUGGCGUACAUCAUUUAGAAGCAAUGGAAAAAUUAGGUUUAGAAGCACCAUCCGUGAAUCAAAUCGAACUCCAUCCUUGGCAGCAAAAAACAGAUAUAGUUGAUUAUUGUCGAAAGAAAGGGAUUGCAGUUAUGGGCUAUUCACCGCUGGCCAAGGGUAACAAAGUCAAAGAUGAAACUGUUCGAAAAAUUGCUCAAAAAUUGAAUAAGACACCUGGACAAGUGUUAAUACGAUGGUCUGUUCAACAUGGAUUUAUAACGAUUCCAAAAACAUCAAAUGAAAGUCGAUUGGAGGAGAAUGCCGAUGUGUUUAAUUGGACAAUACCUGAUGAAGAUAUGAACAUCUUGGUAAUGAAUACAUAA